AUGGCUACGGCUUUCGAAAAUUACGUCCAACAACUCGUGGACGAAAAAAAGAUCCCCAAUGCCAUCUUCUAUGCAUCAGAUGCCACUGGCGCUUUCCACUAUCACAGCACCUUUGGCUACGCCUCGUUUGAGCCAGACGCACAGCCCAUGACCGCGGACACUUAUAUGUGGGCAGCAUCAUGUACCAAACUUCUCACCAGCAUUUCCAUCAUGAGGCUCGUUGAGGAGGGCCGCCUCGACCUGGACGGCCCGGUCUAUGACGUUCUCCCCGAACUCGCCGAGCUCAAGAUCAUCAAGAGGGCAGAGCCGGUGCCCGAGUACGAGACACCAAAGAACAAAAUCACCUAUCGCCACCUCUUGUCCCACACCUCGGGACUUGGGUACGACUUUAUUCAUCCUCUGUUGAUUGCGUGGCGGCAGCAGCACCCACGUCAGCCGGGGCCCGUCCCAAAGCUCUUCAACCUGCCGUUGGCCUUUGAGCCAGGCACCGCCUGGCUGUAUGGCUGUGGCCUUGACUGGGCCGGCCUAGCUGUUGAGCGAGUGACGGGUAUGAAACUAUCACAAUACAUGGAAAAGAUUAUUUUCAUGGCAGUGGGUGUCGAGCAGGAUGCGAUCUCUUUUUUCCCUCUUAAGGUGCCGGGUUCGCAAUUUGCGACAAUGGCGCAGAGGUUGGAGGACGGCACCUACACCCCAGGAUCCCAGGGGACCCAGGACCCAUCAACAACGGAGUACUGCUACGGCGGCCAAGGGACCUUCAUCCGUGGAGGCGGCUACUUGAAGAUCCUCCAGAGCUUGCUGGCCGAGGACGAGAAGAUGCUGAAGCGGGCGACUGUGGUCGAGAUGUUCAGGCCACAGCUCAGUGCGGCGCAGAAGAAAGGGAUGGACGAAUUCGUCUUUUCUUCGCCGAUCCUGACACGGGUCGUAGCCCGUGGUAGCCGAAAAGGAGAGAUAGAUCACUGUCUCUGUGGUAUCGUCGACACGGAAGGCAAGCCGGGCUGGCGAGGCAAGGGAACAGUCGCGUGGGGGGGAGCACCGAACCUCACUUGGUUUUUGGAUCGUGAGAAUGCCAUAUGUGGAUUCAAGGGCGCGCAGCUGAUGCCGGCAGGGGAUCCGGUGUACGUGGAAAUCAGUCUCGAGUUCGAGAAGGCCAUGUGUAAGCUGGCUGGCAAGAUCCGCUCGGGAAUAUAG